CUGCUACAAUGAAUAAUGCAUCAACUAGCGGCAAAAGCGCGGUGGUGUAUGCCAUGAUCGGUGUUGGAGCAAGCAUUGUCCUUCUAAUUUGUGGAAUAAUCUACAUCAAGUAUUACAGAAACAACAAACCUACGACUUAUGACGUCAACAAGAGAAACUCUGGUUCUGAGGAAGGCAAUAGUCCAGUUAUGGUUGACACGGUAUUGUCCGGAACAUCUGCCGAACCAAUUCAAGAUCUAAGCGAAAAGGCCGACGAAGUAAAUCCUGUGAACAGUUGCGCCGAUGUCACUGCAAGCAAUGUUUCCCCAAAUAUUGAAUUUCAUGCUGAAGAAGUGGUGUAUAAUUGCUCAAAAAAUGAUGAAAGCGCAAAUGGCAACAGCAUCAAGCUCCCAGCAAAUGAUAUUUACGCUGCAGUUGUGGAAAAGAAUAAGAGAAAAUAAGCCAAAGUAAAAGAAGAAUAAAACGACGCAAAUCGUAAACUAAUCAAUACAAGAUGAAUUCUUAAGGCGUUCGCCAUUAUACCAGUGAUUAUGGGUUCGAGGCUCGUUGCUGCCACAGUUGCCGUACGUAUCCUCGGCAAAAACUUAUUGCUAUUUCUUAAACCAAUUGGGCACUUAUGAAGUGUAAAAAUUGCCGGCAAUACGCGGUAACCUUUUGAUAUGUAUUUGCGUAAAAUGUUAUUACGUAACACAUUUUUUGUAUCAGUGACCAAUUUAUAACGAAUGUAUAAUUUUAUACGCACGAUCGUCAUAUAACACGGCCAGUUGGUUUAUUAAUAUUAAUAUAAGUAAGAUGGGACAUCUUUUUAUUUUAUUUUCCUGUCGUUUUUUAGUAGUAAACAAAGAACAUUUAAAGUAUUAUAAAACU